GUAGUGUGUAACAGCGAGGGCGGUAACGCUGGAAGAGAGCGGGAGGCAGGCAGGGGUGGUAUGGACAAUCGACACGCUUCUACCAAAAUAUUCAGUGAUUUACUUACAACAUUUGUGUAAUCAAGUUUCAAAGACUAUCUUAGAGGGUACCAUAUUAUGAAAACUGUUGGUUACUUCGACGCCAUCUAGCAGAAUAACAAAGGAGGAGAACCCGAGCGUGCGUAACAGCAACAUCCGCUCCACCACAACACCAGCAUCUUCGAUCAGACUGACAUUAGUGCACUGUGCAGUCUACGUGACAGAAUCUUCUUUACCGUCUAGUAGGAUGAGUGGGGAGGAGCAAAACCCUGCUGCUGUGCCUGUCCCUGUACAGGAUGUGCAAGGAGAUGGACGGUGGAUGUCCCAGCACAAUCGCUUUGUGAUGGAAUGUAAGGAUGCUGAACCAGACGUGCUGUUCAUCGGAGACUCUAUGGUUCAACUCAUGCAGCAGUAUGAGGUGUGGCGGGAGCUUUUCUCUCCUCUUCAUGCUCUUAAUUUUGGCAUUGGAGGGGACACCACCUGCAACGUCCUGUGGAGACUUCAGAACGGGGAAUUGGACAACAUCAGACCUCGGGUGUCAGUUGUGUGGGUAGGAACCAAUAACCAUGAGCACAAUGCUGAACAGGUUGCAGGCGGGAUUCUGACCAUCACACAGUACCUACGCUCAUGCCUUCCCAGGUCUAAAGUCGUUGUCCUGGGUCUACUGCCGCGGGGGGAGCAGCCCAACCCUCUGAGGGAGAAGAACGCAAUGGUGAACAGGUUGCUGCGCUCGACACUGGAUCGCGUGGGGCCCGUCCAGUUCCUGGACAUGAGUGACGCCUUUGUCCACUCCGACGGCGCCAUCACGGCCAGGGACAUGUUCGACUACCUGCACCUGACCGCCAGCGGCUACAGUACCAUCGCCACGCCCCUCCACGAGCUGCUGAUGCAGCUAUUGGAGGAGACGCCCCAGGAGAGGCGGGCCUCCCUGGUCUGAAAGGCAGGAGGGAGGAAGGGUUGGCAUGAGAGGACCGUCUCUCAGUCACUCCGGUGGGGUGGGGGGAGGGGGGUUCUGUCAUGUAGCAAUGAAAUGAGGGAGAAGCGAGAGAAAGAAAGAGAUGGAGAGAGAGAAAGAAGGAGUGAGAGGGAGGGCUUGAGGAUGAGAGAGAGGGUUCUUAAGCUAAUGUACAAAAAACAGAGGGAACUUAAUUCGGCUCAAAUUCACACUAACUGUCACACAGUCAGAGAGAGAGGGAGGGGGAGAGAGAGAGAAAGAGAAAUACAGAGAGAGAAAGAAAGAGAGAUACAGAGAGAGAGGGCUGAAUCUGAUCUGACCUGAGUCUGAUCUGUAAAUGACAUACAGGGUAAAGAUUUUUGAGUAGUGCCCCCUGGUGGAUGUUGUGCAGACAUACACUAUAUUCCACCCAUGAAGGCAACCUGAAGCUCAAUAGAGAGCUGUGAUGCGUUUAAAAUGUACAUACAUAAUUUGUAAUAUAUAGCAAACAUAUAACUGACCUACUAAUUUUAGUCUAUACAGUUUUUAGUUUUGUCUUAUUUCACCCCUCAAAAAAGUGGAUUUUGAAUGCUUGUAAAUUACUCCACAUUUUAUUUAAACCUGACACUAUGAUAGAAUGUCAGAUUUCGACAUGUAACUGUAGUUAAUGUCAUCUUGGCUUUGUCCUUCCCAGACCUGUCUAAGCUUUCAAGUGCACAGUUUACUGUUCUCGACUGUAUUGUGAACACGUAACGUAGUGUCACAUUUGCUGUGCCAGAGCGGCCUGUGAACUGUAGCAUGGCCUGCUCUGUCUGCUGAUUGUGUUUCUUCCAGAAUGCCAGAAUCUCAAUGCCUUCCCACGACAGCGGCGGCCGUAAAGAGCCGUAAAGAUCUCAACACUAAAAAGGCCUUUACUGAUAGUGUCUCUCUCUCUUGUUUCUCACUCACUCACUCACUCACUCAAUUAAUUAAUUCACUCUCUGUUGCACACACUCAUUGACGAUAUACAUGAGAUAUACAAGUGAUGUGAAUUCUUUUGAUUGUUCUCACACAACAAAUGCACUUACUUCACAUCUCUCUCGUAGUCUUUCUCUCCUUGUCAGCCUUUCUCUCAGCAACUUUUUUUUGGUGUUUUUUGUUUGUUUGUUUUUCUGUCCUUUGUGUAGAGUUUGUUGGCUAUAUGACUACGUUUCUGUCUUGCUUCUCCGACACCUAUGCUGGUCGGACUUGUCACUAUAGUAACACUAUUCACUUGUGACGUCAUUCUGAAAAUGACCUGCACACUUGUGUCGAACAGAAUAGGCCCUGGAAAUAUGUGUUUUUCGUUUUUUUGUUUGUUUGUUUUCGUUGUUUGUUUGUUUGUAUGUGAGAGUGAGUGUGUCUGGCCUUAAAAUUCACUGAAAUGGAUACUGCAACCUCCACUAAGCAUCCAAUGCACGACCGUGGUGUCUUAAGCACUUAACAUGCUUCUCACCUGUCCCUGCAUCUCGGUCUGUCUGUUACAGGGUGUGUAUGUGGGUGUGUGUGUUACAGGGCGUGCGUGCGUGCGUCGUGCGUGCGUGUGUGUGUGUGUGGUUGGGAAUGCAAAAGCGUACCUGAGCAUUAAAAUGCAUAAGCUUCCUUUAGAGCGUUGUGUGUUUGUGCGUUAGGUGAGGUGUAAAUAAGCAUACGUCUGUAUAUAACAUGUCAGUGUUGAGCUUGACGAACUAGUGUUGUGCGUGUACUGUGUCUGUGGUGGUGUCCUGUGAGCACUCUGCCUGGGCUAGUGGCACAUCCCUGUAUUCCAAUUCCAAUAAAGGGGUAUACCUGUAA